AUGGCACAAAACGAUCGCGAUAGAGAGAUCGCGCAGGAACAAGAGGAACAACACGAACAGGGCAUUGCGGCGGAGGACCUCGCUACAGCAAUUAUGACAGAAGACAUGGCAGACCGGCAAUCUCCUACAGCAUCUGCGCCUAGUCCUGCUGCCAACCUAUCUCUACCGCCAUUUCUAGCCUAUUCGCAGGCACAGUCGCAACUGCAGAUUGGCACGCAGAUAGGCCCUCAGAUAGGGCCCUAUUCUCAAGGCACUCAGGGCUUAUUGAGCGUCAAAUCAGGCAGUCAGCACAGACUCCUGCGUACGGCGAAGGUGGAACCAAUGGACGCUGAUGAAGAUCACCGUGGAAAUGCUGGAGUGCCCAUCGGGACCUUUCGCCAUCCGUGGCUACCACCAAUCACGAUGGUCCUCAGGCAGUUCGGCAUUCCGUGGGUCAUCGAGGAAUGGAUGGUUCGCGCGCUCAUCCGUUCUCAGUUGUGGCUCGCUGAGCGAAGUAUAUCGAUGGUGCGAUGUCAGCCCUCUCUUUGCCGUCGAACCGGCGCCCUCGAGCCAACCGUGUACUGUAACUAUAAGUCCCGUACACCCUUGGGCGCGCUGGACCACUUCUCAUUUGUGGCGCUGAGCCCGCGAACUCGAUGUCUCGAUCCUAAAUUGGAAAACCACGCCGCUGUGAUCCUGUCGAGCCCUUUUAUCUUGGAGUGCCACCAUCAUCGAGCCAUCGAGCACAUCCCCAAAGCGACCAUGCCGAAAGACAAGACCACGGCAAGGCGCGAACACGAGGUCAGCCCACAUGGAUCGGCGAAGUCGGCCUCGUUCUUGUCAAAGGAGGACGCCACGACGGCCAAGACGACGGCGGGGUCGAAGGCACCCACGAUGAGAGGGGAGUCGGCAUCGCCGAAUUACAUCUUCCACUGCAGCAUGGUGUGCAGCAGUAAUCCCACCAUCACGAGACUGUUGUCCGUCCCCUCCAGCUUCACCUUCGAGGACAUGCACGGCGUGAUGCAGGAUGCGUUUGGGUGGGCCAAUUGCCAUACCUGGAGCUUUGAACUAAGAAGGCUCUACUACGGUGAGGAAGAAGAGCGUGAGGGGAUGAAAACGAACGGCUUCGUGCCACUCAUGGUCUUUCAGACCGACCCUGAGAUGCUGAAGGACACCUUCCCGGAGUCGGCCUCCACCUAUCAGGCCGCUUCCAAGUGGACCUUGUCCGAUGUCUUCGAAGAGGAGCAGUAUCGCUUCACCAAUUUGCUCUACGAAUAUGACCACGGAGACGGUUGGGAACACGUCAUCACGCUGGUGGGGAUCGAGGAUCCUGGCUUUCGAAAGGCGAUGAUGCUGGAAGCGGAAUAUGAUAGUGCCCUGUGCUUCGCGGGUGAGGGUCAUCCCUGCGCGGAAGAUUGCGGUGGCGAACCGGGCUGGGAAGACCUCAAGCAAAUCUUCGCAAAGAAAGGAUCUCGGGCCAAAGACGGCAGGAAGAACUGGUACAAGACGUACUGUGCCAAUGGGGACGCGGAAGGACUCGACCCCUAUCGGUGGGAUAUGUUGGACGUCAACGCAAAGCUUCAGAACCUGACGAAGAAGCGGAAGUAG